AUGUUUUACGCGGGCUGGAACUAUGACGUGCGCAUGAAGCUGGUGCGGAUGUACGGGCGCGACAGCGAAGUUCACGUGCGAAAGGAGGUGCCGCCCUCCGAGUACGUCGACCGCAUGCUCUCGGCCAAGUUCUGCCCGGUGUGCGGCGGUUUCUCGCAGUGGACUCCCCGGCUGGCAGAGGCGAUCUACUACGAGUGCGUCCCCGUCAUCCUCUCGCCGCACAUGCUGCCCCCGUGGUCGGAAAUCCUCGACUGGUCCACCUUUGCCGUGCGCCUCGACCCCACCGCCGCCACACUGAAGGGCCUCAAGGCCCAUCUCGCGAGCCUCGACCACGCGUCCCUCUUCCGCAACGUCCGCGCCGCCAAGCACGCGCUCACCUACCAACUCGACGGCUACACGGGCGCCGACCUGCUGCCGCUGCUGCCGUGCGAGACGCACAAGCGAGCGGCGGUGACAUCAUGGGCGGUGCGCGAGCUCUCCAACAGCGUCGAGGCGGCGCGAGACUACGACGCCGGCGUUCCCAACGUGCCCUCGCAGAAGGCCCAUGCGGUGAACGCCACAGGACACGCGUGCCAGCAGGCGUGGCGCUGCUCGACGUCGGACGGCUACAUGUGCUCCUGCAGCAAGGAGAGGGCCAGGACGGCCGGCGUACGGCCAGGCACCGGCGGCGGAGCCGCACCGGAGUCCGCUUUCGCGGCGGGCUCGAGCCCGGUUCCGACCCCGCACCCCGCCGGCCCGCUCGCGGAGGAGGCGUGGAGCGAGACGGGCCACGGGCACGAGCUUCACCAUUCGACGUGA